AUGGAUUGGCAUGGAGAAACGGGAACAAAUGGGGGACUCAAUACUUUUGAUUUAGGAGCGCGGACCAUGACCGCUGGGUUUGCAUCCGCAAAUUACUCCGCAAAAGAACCUCGCCACUGGGCCCUGGACUUCAGCCAGGAAAGCCUGAGUGAUAACCUUCUAGUGGAGCUGCCAGACGAGGACGACGGAAAUGUCUCAAUAGAGAAGAACUCGGGCGGUGUGAGUGAACCUACACCCGUUGUGCAUGCCGGUGAUCCUGUCAGAGGGAGGCAACUGCUGACCGUUGGAUCUGUUGCGCUCGUUGUAACGUUGCUGGUGUCCCUGGUAGCUGCGGUGGCGGUGAAGCAAAAAAUGCACAUACCUAAGCUUCCUACGCCCGAUAUGCAGAAGCCUUCAGAGCAAUCAGAGGUGGAUAUCUGCAUAAAGCAGUUCGAAAACAGCGUGGGUGAGCUGAACGAAGCAUGGCAGGCGGCUUCGCACACUGUUCGCAAGGCAUUUGAACAUCAUUUCAGUCCAGUUGGAAAAGGAUUGCGCUUAAAGGGAUCAGAUGCUUGGGAGGUACUAAAGGAUCAGAGGAAUAUUUUCUUUAAAAGUCUGCCUGAAGACGACUGCAGCGAGGAACAAAGGCGAGCCUUCGUUAAACAGGCCAAACUCAUCACGGCCAUCUUUGAUGCAUCAAGCGAGCGACUUCGUGCACUCGGAAGAUUGGAGAGAAUUUCCACUAAACACGGCAUUCCUAUUCCCCUCAUAGACAUGCCUGCUGGAGAACACUGGUGUACUUAUGGACAUCCUUCUCAGGGAGAACAGCCUGUCACUUUUAAAGAGUUUCUGAGGCUGCUUCCGCAGGAUGGACAGGGAUAUAUACCUGAAGACAACGAUGAUGACGAUGAUGAGGUGUUUGUUUCGGUUGUAUCUAUGAAAACAGCGGCGAAACUGGCAGAUGUCAUUCGAAUAGAAGAUGCCCAAAGGGAAGACGACAACUACAUUUACCAUUUUUUCGAUCGGUUUGCAAAUACUUUUGGCCUAAGUUUGGUGAAAAUGACGGAAAGCGAUGCGAAGAAAGCCGCAUCAUUUGUAACGGUGGGAGGCGAACUGCCUUUUCCUAGCGGGGACUUCCUUCGUUUCCUGAGAACCAGAUUCAAGUCGACCUCCCACGGCUACAUGGACCCGCUCAUUUUCAAAUCUCUGGAGAAUAACUGGAAUGAACAAAGAUUAAACGAUCUCAUUGAACAAAUUGUUGACGAUCAGAGACGGAGAAGCCAAGACCUGGGCCAGCAGAAAUUGAUGACAUUGAUGAGUGUAAGCGAGGAUGAAGACAUGAAAGAAAACAGCCUUUUCGUGCUUGCGCUCUUUCUUCUCUAG